CGGAGCCCAGUUGGACCGACGCCGGCGAGCCCGCCUCCCUCCGCGCCCUUGGCUUCCCAGGCUGGCAGGCGGUUGGUGGCGUCUGAGGAAGUGUUUAAAAUGAAGAAGUUUAAUUUCCGAAAAGUUUUGGAUGGCUUAACUGCCUCCUCCCCUGGCAGUGGUAGCAGCAGUGGCAGUAACAGUGGUAGUGGGGCUGGAAGUGGUUCCGUACAUCCAGGAGGCACUGCGGGGGUUCUCAGAGAGGAGAUUCAGGAAACCCUGACUUCAGAGUACUUCCAGAUUUGCAAGACAGUCCGGCAUGGUUUCCCUUAUCAGCCCACAGCAUUAGCUUUUGAUCCGGUUCAGAAAAUCUUGGCUAUUGGAACGAGAACAGGUGCUAUACGAAUACUCGGGAGACCUGGUGUUGAUUGUUAUUGCCAAGAUGAAAGUGGUGCAGCUGUCCUGCAGCUCCAAUUUUUGAUCAAUGAGGGUGCUUUGGUCAGUGCAAGUUCAGAUGAUACACUUCAUUUGUGGAACCUUAGACAAAAAAGGCCAGCUAUUCUUCAUUCUCUUAAAUUUAACCGAGAGCGAAUUACUUACUGUCAUCUACCUUUCCAGAGUAAAUGGCUCUAUGUUGGAACAGAAAGAGGAAAUACACAUAUUGUAAAUAUCGAAUCUUUCAUUCUUUCUGGAUAUGUUAUCAUGUGGAACAAGGCAAUUGAACUAUCCACCAAGACUCAUCCAGGUCCAGUUGUACAUUUAAGUGAUAGCCCAAGAGAUGAAGGGAAACUGCUAAUAGGUUAUGAAAAUGGUACUGUAGUAUUCUGGGACUUGAAAUCUAAAAAAGCAGAACUCAGAGUUUAUUAUGAUGAGGCUAUUCAUUCAAUUGAUUGGCAUCAUGAGGGCAAACAGUUCAUGUGCAGCCAUUCAGAUGGUAGCUUGACUUUAUGGAACCUGAAAAGCCCAAGUCGCCCUUUCCAGACUACAAUUCCACAUGGAAAAAGUCAAAAAGAGGGAAGAAAAUCUGAAUCUUGUAAACCAAUUCUUAAAGUAGAAUACAAGACCUGCAGAAACAGUGAACCAUUCAUAAUAUUCUCUGGUGGGCUGUCCUAUGACAAAGCUUGCAGAAGACCAAGUUUAACCAUCAUGCAUGGAAAAGCAAUUACAGUACUUGAAAUGGAUCAUCCUAUUGUUGAAUUUCUAACUUUAUGUGAAACACCAUAUCCAAAUGAAUUUCAAGAACCCUAUGCUGUUGUAGUACUUCUGGAGAAAGAUCUCAUUGUCGUUGACCUGACACAAAGCAAUUUUCCGAUCUUUGAAAAUCCAUAUCCUAUGGACAUUCAUGAAUCACCAGUUACAUGCACAGCAUACUUUGCUGACUGCCCUGCGGAUUUGAUUCUAGUACUCUAUUCUAUAGGAGUCAAGCAUAAAAAACAAGGAUAUAGUAAUAAGGAGUGGCCAAUCAGUGGAGGAGCUUGGAACAUUGGGGCACAAACAUAUCCUGAAAUUAUUAUCACCGGUCAUGCAGAUGGAUCAAUAAAAUUUUGGGAUGCUUCUGCAAUAACUCUGCAGAUGCUGUACAAGCUAAAAACUUCAAAAGUAUUUGAAAAACAGAAGGUAGGAGAAGGAAAACAAACAUGUGAGAUUGUAGAGGAAGAUCCAUUUGCCAUUCAGAUGAUUUACUGGUGUCCAGAAAGCAGAAUAUUCUGUGUAUCAGGAGUCUCUGCAUAUGUCAUAAUUUAUAAAUUCAGCAGACAUGAAGUUACAACAGAAAUAGUGUCAUUAGAGGUACGACUUCAAUAUGAUGUUGAAGAUAUUAUUACCCCUGAACCAGAAACAAGUCCACCAUUUCCAGAUCUCUCAUCCCAGCUUCCUUCUUCAAGUAGUCUCUCCGGGAGCACUAACACUGUGGCUAGUGAAGGAGUAACAAAGGACAGUAUCCCAUGCCUCAAUGUUAAGACACGGCCAGUGCGGAUGCCUCCAGGAUAUCAGGCAGAACUUGUUAUUCAGCUGGUGUGGGUAGAUGGUGAACCUCCUCAACAGAUUACUAGUCUUGCUGUAAGCUCAGCGUAUGGAAUAGUUGCAUUUGGGAACUGCAAUGGGUUGGCUGUGGUGGAUUUUAUACAGAAGACAGUACUGUUAAGCAUGGGGACCUUUGACCUAUAUAAAUCAAGUGACCUAUACCAGCGACAACCACGGUCUCCUCGAAAAAACAAGCAGUUCAUUGCAGACAACUUUUGCAUGCGUGGCCUGUCUAACUUUUAUCCUGAUUUAACGAAACGGAUCCGUACUUCCUAUCAGAGUUUAACUGAACUGAAUGACAGUCCAGUUCCCCUGGAACUUGAGCGCUGCAAGUCUCCUACUUCAGACCAUGUAAAUGGACAUUGCACAAGUCCAACUUCUCAGAGUUGCAGCUCUGGAAAACGUCUUUCCAGUGCUGAUGUUUCAAAAGUAAAUCGCUGGGGUCCUGGAAGACCACCAUUUCGAAAGGCACAGUCAGCUGCUUGCAUGGAGAUUUCUUUACCAGUUACAACAGAAGAAAACCGAGAAAAUUCCUAUAAUCGUUCUAGAAGCUCUAGCAUCUCUAGUAUUGACAAAGAUUCUAAAGAAGCAAUUACGGCACUAUACUUCAUGGACUCCUUUGCACGGAAAAAUGACUCUACCAUCUCACCUUGUCUGUUUGUUGGAACUAGUCUGGGAAUGGUGUUGAUCAUCUCCCUAAACCUACCAUCAACAGAUGAACAAAGGUUUACAGAGCCAGUAAUGGUAUUGCCAAGUGGUACAUUCCUCUCAUUGAAAGGAGCUGUACUAACAUUCUCCUGUUUGGACCGAACUGGCGGAUUAAUGCAACCUCCAUAUGAAGUUUGGAGGGAUCCAAACAAUAUAGAUGAAAAUGAAAAAUCUUGGAGAAGAAAAGUGGUCAUGAACUCAUCCUCUGCAUCCCAGGAAGUAGGAUAUCAUCAGUAUACAGUAAUCUGCUCAGAAAAACAAGCCAAAGUCUUUUCACUGCCUUCUCAGACUUGCCUUUAUGUUCAUAACAUCACUGAGACAUCUUUUAUACUGCAAGCAGAUAUGGUGGUCAUGUGUAACAGUGCCUGCUUGGCAUGUUUUUGUGCUAAUGGACAUAUCAUGAUAAUGAGCCUACCUAGUCUUCGCCCAAUGUUGGAUGUUAAUUAUUUGCCACUGACAGACAUGAGGAUAGCACGAACAUUUUGUUUUACCAAUGAAGGUCAGGCAUUAUACCUCGUCUCUCCUACUGAAAUUCAGCGGUUAACAUACAGCCAAGAAAUGUGUGAUAAUUUACAGGACAUGCUAGGAGAUUUGUUUACUCCCAUAGAGACACCAGAAGCUCAAAAUAGAGGAUUUCUCAAGGGACUGUUUGGUGGAAGUGGACAAACAUUUGACAGAGAGGAGCUCUUUGGGGAAGCUUCAGCAGGAAAAGCAUCCCGCAGCCUUGCACAACACAUUCCUGGACCAGGUAGUAUAGAAGGGAUGAAAGGUGCUGCUGGAGGCGUGAUGGGAGAGCUGACCCGAGCACGGAUUGCACUUGAUGAGAGAGGACAAAGGCUAGGAGAGCUGGAAGAGAAAACUGCAGGCAUGAUGACCAGUGCAGAAGCAUUUUCCAAACAUGCACAUGAGUUAAUGCUGAAAUAUAAGGAUAAGAAAUGGUACCAAUUCUAAACUUCUAAAGAAGCCGUGACUGCUUUGAGAAACCAUUAUUCAGGGAAACUAAAUUUAUUCCCAGCAUCACUAUUCAACUGCUAGAAGCCAGUUUCUUCUACAAAAUGUUCCCUUAUAGUCAAUCUGAAGUUAUCAUAAAGGAGAUGUGUCAGAGACGCAGUACAACCGAAAGGCUGGAGCCCUGGCUAAAAUCCCAAGAUAUGUCUGAAUUUACCUUUUCCCAUGUGGAAUGGAGCUACCAUCUUGGCAUGUCAUUUGCUAAGGAUUUACAUUUAGGAACUAUGGGGAGUCCUUUUGAUUUGAAAAUUCCUGUACAAACAAAAGCAUUAAUGCACUUAAUGAAAAAAAAUCUUUGCAUGAUAAAUUAACAUCUUAAGAGGAAAAGAAAAAAAGCAUGUUGUGACAGAAGAGAAAAAGAUUUAUGGUAAACUAUUUUUGUAAAUUGGGCCACACCUGACAAUUUAAAAAAUCUGCAUUAGAAGAUUGAUCAGUGCAUUUCAAAUCUAUUUGCCAUACCCAACUGAAAAGGUAAACACGAACCCAGAGUUUUCUUUUCAUCUGUAACUUUCAAUAUUCUAGGACAUUAUUGAAUUCUUAUGGCAAGAGUCUGAUAAAUGUUCUUCUCUCCUCAUAAUAUUUUACAUUAUUCAUAGUUCUCAGUCAUAAACAAGUAUUGCCAGUACAGUAAAUUAUUCCCAACACAAUUAUUUCCAUUUCUAUCACCUUCAGAAUGGGUUGCUAUUUUUAGCACAAACCAUGCAGGAUGGGGUCACCUGAAAGCAUUUUUUCAGCCUGGCUUGUACUCUGCAGGGGAGUUGAUGAUAGGUUUGGGGAAACUAAGCUACAGGAACAAGUUUGAGAACCGAUUUCACAAAAAGUGAAA